AUGGCGUCGCCGCCAAACAAGCGACCUCGGCAGGCGAGUCUGCACCACGAGGCGCGGAUCAUCAUGGAUGCGAUGCAGCUCUCGCCAUGUGCUCGCUGCAAGGCUCGCAAUAUGACCACUUCAUAUGCACCGCAGCAGACCUUUCAACCUCAGGCGCGCUUGUCGGUAUCAUCAUCAGCCUCUAGUCGGUCUUCGCCAUCACUACCGCCAACAAUGACCGAAGUGGAUCCUCAGGCAAGCUUCCGGUUAUCCGAUGAGGAUGAUGACUCCGACCCAACGCAGUCUAGCCUUCCAGCGGAGAUGGAAGAUGCCUUGCAUCUGCAAGACCUGGAAUUAAUGAUGCAUUGGUGCACGACGACCUACCGCUCUGUGGUGCGGGACCGCCUCGACAAACCACUUUGGCAAACCGUCAUUCCGCGACUAUCACUCCGGCAUGCCCCAUUACGGCACGGCCUAUUGGCCCUAUCCGCCCUUCAUCUCUCCACAACUAGCACGAGCCCAGAGCAGAAGUGGACGUAUGUUGUCACAGCUCGUGAACACCAUAGCGAAGCCCUCGCGGGAAUCCAGUUAGCCGAACUAUACGACCUCACCACGGCAGAAUGCAACGCCGUCUAUGCACUGUGUAUCCUCAUGACCAUCUUUCCAUUUGCAUACUGCCAGAUCAACAAUGUGGAAGAUGAACCCGCACAUGACGAAGGAGACGAUGAACAAUCCAGCAUCCUAGACGAAUUCAUAGAAGUCUUCCAACUGACGAGGUGGCUUCUCGGCGCAAUGAAAGCCGUAAUGAGCCGCGUCGCAGCUAGUGACCUCGCACCGCUAACUUCACCCGCUGAAGCCUGUCCGACGAUGCCAGACAUGUCGCGCCUGGUAGUACAGGCACUGCAGCGCCAGAACGAGCUCGAAACAGCCCGGCAACCAACCCAGCACGAGACUGCGGUCUUCGAGUCUGCCAUUCACCACCUGAGUGACUCGCUCGAGACGCUCAUGAAAGGGGCCGAGCCAAAGGCAUUUGCCUUUUGCUGGAUAUCCCAAGUCCCCACUGCAUUUGUGGAUCUGGUGGAGCAGCGCCAGCCGUUUGCGCUGGUGGUCCUGGCCCAUUAUGCGGUCAUCCUCCAUCACCUGCGGGACUCGUGGUGGAUGGGCGAAUGGGGCACGCGCGUGCUGAGGGAGAUUGGCGAUGCCCUUGGGCCAGACUGGAGGCCGCUGAUCAAUUGGCCGGUGGAUGCGACGGGGUGUUUUCUUCCAGAGAUUUAA